GGAGUAUCCAUGACUGGCGAAACAAAUUGCGAUUCAGCCCUGCGAGGCAAACGAUAAACAAUGGAGAGCUAGCGCUUUCAUAGUUUCUGCUAUUAUUCAGUUUUUAGUUGUGGUAGACCUUGGACCUCCGCAAUUACAACCAUCGGAACAGAACCGGCCGAGCCCAACUCCAAUCGAUUUCGUGUAACUGGGAGGAUCUGUCUUUUUUCUAUUAUUUUUGACCUUUCCAUUCCCCUCCCUCCCAUAAUUUACCUGUCUACGGUAGAUAUCAAUAACGAAGAACUAUUCAAGUGAAUUACGGACAGCGUUCGUCCUAGGGUUAGCUUCGGAAUAGCAGCACAGGAAAACUGUCCACCGCGCGAUUACCCUAUUCUCUGAGUGGGUCUGACAUGCUAUUAUAAGAUCCUACGGCGUGUUGAGUAUUUCUCUCAAUGCGAUCUUUCUCUCGAGCGCAGCUUCAACGGAACCAGAAAGAUAACACAGAGCGAACAAAACAUGGAUCCAAACGCGAAGAACCCGUCAUGUCUUCUCUACAGUUCGUUAGAUGCCCGGUUCGAGGACCGACCAAUUCCAGUGCUUGAGGAUCCGCACGAUGUCAUUGUUCGAAUCGCUUAUACAGGUGUUUGUGGGAGCGACGUCCAUUUCUGGCUGCACGGGGGAAUCCGGACCUUCGUGUCCGAAACUCAACCCCUAACAAUGGGCCACGAAGCAUCCGGGACUAUACUCGUAGUGGGCUCCGCGGUGACCUCCCUUUGUCCUGGAGAUAAAGUUGCAAUUGAACCAGGCUACCCAUGCCGCCGCUGCCACCAUUGCAAACACGGCCAUUACAACCUCUGUCCAGGGAUGAAAUUUGCAGCCGAUCCCCCCGUGCUGCAUGGGACGCUCACCAAAUAUUUCAUGCUGCCUGCUGACUUCUGCUACAAAAUGCCUGAGAGCAUCAGUCUGACAGAAGCAGUUCUCAUGGAGCCUCUGGCUGUUGCCAUCCAUGCUGUGCGCCAGGCAGAUGUUAGACCUGGGAGGACUGUUAUUGUGUUUGGUGCUGGGACUGUUGGGCUUUUUUGUGCGGCUGUUGCUAGGGAGUUUGGUGCUGUUGUUGUGGUCUCUGUGGAUAUCGUGGAACGCAAGCUUUCCUUCGCGCAGCGCUUUGUUGGUAAUUCUGUGGGGAGAACGGUCCUUGCUGAUCCAUGGCUUAGUCCCGAGGAGAAUGCAGCCCGCUUGAUACAAGAGCAUGGGUCGGGGGAGGGUGCUGAUAUUGCUAUUGAUGCAUCUGGUGCUGAGAUGUCAGUGCAAACAGCACUAUUCUCACUGCACAAGGGAGGGACUUAUGCUCAGGUGGGAAUGGGAAAGCGCAAGAUCGAGUUUCCUAUAUCGGAAAUGUGUGAGAAGGAGAUUACUGCUAAGGGUUGUUUCCGGUAUGGAGCCGGGGACUUUGAUUUGGGGGUGCACCUUGUGGGUUCAGGGAAAGUAUCGUUGUCUGGACUGGUGACGAGCGUCUUUCCGUUUGAGUCGGCUACUGAGGCGUGGGAAACGGCUAAGCGUGGGGAGGGGACGAAGACGUUGAUUGAAGGGCCCAAAGAUUGAACACGCAAUUUAUCAGUAUGUGCAUUCUUUUGCGGAGUGAUUGGAUUGAUGAAUUAUCGACAUGUAUCAUUGCAUUCUUUUAUACUUGUACUUGUGCAAAGUAUUCUGAUCUUUGCUUCUGCUCUUAAUCAAACAUGUCCAGAUGGGAUCUACAUUAUGCAACUCUAUCGCUCUAUAUACAUUUAGCGUACCAGCUACCCAGACAACCACCCGCACAUGCUGCAAUCUAGAGCUGCAAGUAUCGUAAACUACACCGUACAGCAAUAACAAUGAACUAACAAACACAACAAGUAGUUACGUGCUAUACGUAUACAAUAAACAUGACUGAC